AUGGCUGCUGAUCUUUACACGUCCUUGAGUAACGAAUUCAUCGUGCCGACUAAUAAGGAUAUCGGCGCGACGGCGCGCAAAGAUGGAGAAAACCCUUGCACGUACCUGUGUGGGAAUUCCCUUGGGCUGCUUUCGAAAACUUCGUCCACUCUUGUUCAGGAAGAGUUACACGCUUGGGGCACACGUGCCGUCACGGGUCACUUCUCUCAUCCACAAAAUCGCCCUUGGACCAAGUGCUGCGAACCUCUUUACCCGUUACUAGGAGAGUUAGCUGGGGCAAAUGAAAUAGAAGUCGCCUGCAUGGGCACGUUGACCAACAACUUGCACCUCAUGAUGGACUCCUUCUACAAGCCAACUGUCACUCGUUACAAGAUCCUUUGCGAAGCUAAGGCUUUUCCCUCGGAUCAAUAUGCUUUCACAUCCCAGGCUCUGGCUCGUGGCCUCGAUCCAGCCACCGCUAUUAUUGAAAUAUCUCCUCGGGAGGGCGAAUUUACCCUCAGAGAAGAGGACAUCCUUGAGACCAUCGAUAAAGAAGGUGACUCGAUUGCUCUCGUCAUUUUUAGCGGCAUCCAAUACUACACCGGCCAAUGGUUCCCCAUCGAGUCCAUCACCAAGAAGGCCCACGAAAAGGGGUGCAUCUGUGGAUGGGAUCUUGCGCAUGCGGUUGGAAACGUGCCUCUUUCGUUACACGCAUGGAACGUUGACUUUGCGGUCUGGUGCACCUACAAAUACGUCAACUCGGGCCCUGGUGGUAUCGCCGGUUUAUUUAUCCACGAGAAAUGGCACGAAACCGAGAAGCCAAAAUUCGCGGGCUGGUGGGGACAUGAACUCGCCACACGAUUCGAUAUGCCCCCUACCUUCUCACCGAUCAAGGGUGCCCAGGGGUUCCAACAGUCGAACCCUUCUGCGAUUACGGUCGCCUCCCUUUUGGGCUCCUUGAGAGUCUUUAAAGCGGCCGGCAUGAUGAAGAGUGUGAGAGAACGCUCUCUGUUGCUCACAGCUGCGCUGGAGAAAAUGCUCAAGGCGUCAAAAUAUUUUGUGUCUCCCUCGCCUCAGAGGGAGAAGGAAACCAAACCAGGGUUUACGAUCAUAACGCCCUCUGAGCCCUCGCAGCGUGGUGCGCAGCUGUCCUUGCUUUUCUUCCCUCUGGGAUCGGAGACGAUGAGGACGGUGUUCGCCUACCUUUCCGCGAAUGGGGUCAUCGGCGACGAGAGAGAACCUGAUGUGAUCCGUCUCGCGCCCGCACCGUUAUACAACACGUUGAAAGACUGCGAACACGCGGCGGAGAUUCUGGAAAAAGCCCUUGAAUCUGUAGCGUAG